AUGUUGAAUCAGUCAAGAAUGUCACAAGUAGAAUUAAAUCGGAAUUUAGAAGAAACAACCAGAAAUUUAAAAUGUAUGGCAAAUGCAUUAAAAACAGAAAAACAACGAACCGAUGAACUACUCUGUGAAUUAAUGCCUCCAAGUGUGGCUGAAUCUCUCAGACAGGGGAAUACUGUCGAGGCUAGUGAAUUCCCCGAAGCGACAAUUCUUUUUACUGAUAUAGUCACAUUCACCAAUAUCUGUUCAUUAUGCACUCCAUAUGAUGUAGUUAAUCUAUUAAAUGAUUUGUAUCAACGAUUUGAUCGAAUUGUUGGAAUCCACGAUGUUUAUAAGGUGGAAACUAUUGGUGAUGCUUAUAUGAUUGUUGGUGGAGUGCCAAGUGAACGAAGAAAUCAUGCAGAAAAAGUACUUGACGUUUCUAUUGGAAUGUUAAUGGAAUCUCGAUAUGUAAAUAAAUUAAUUAAUUAA